AUGUUGUUCGUUAGCACUGCUGCGGCUGCUCUGAGCAGUGUCUUGCUUAUCCAGCCUGCACUUGCUGCACCAAACGGUCUGCCGUCCAACAGCGAGUCUAGACAUGGCCACAAAGACCCCUUCGCGGUGCUCGACCCUCAGAAUUGGGUCAAUCCCGACAAUAUGACCUGGGCCGACUUCAAGGCUCCUCCAGGGACGAAGUGGAAUGACCCAUCGCGAAAGGGCUCCAUGCGCAACUUCAACAUUGCCCUCGUGAACGUCGACUAUCCUGAUAAGCCAUUCACCAUUACAAUGGCUCCGGAGACCGAUGUCUUCAAGAACCCGCAAAAGGGCUCGCCCAAUGUCACACGAGACGCCGUGCCUACGUUCUACCGUGAUUUCCUUAACAAGCCUGGAAAGCUCAAUCGCGGCCACACCCUUCACGAGUACUGGAUGGAAGACUCGAACGGCCGUUUCGGUGUCGACCUGACCACCUUUGGUGUUUACAAGAUGCCCAAGAAGUCUUAUCAGUACGGUAUUGGCGAGGAGAUGAACAAGGGUGCGUGCCCAAUUGGAGAAACCUGCUACUAUGAAAUUCGUGACGACGCUCUCGGCGCCUGGCGCAAGGACAUUGGUGAAGACAAGGCCAAGACCUACGAGCUUGUUUUUAUCCUGUCUGCUGGCCAGGACGAAUCCUCGACGUGGCAGGAAUUCGGCGAGAUCAUGUUCCAGAACAAGGAAGAUGUCACCGCUGCGUUUGGCCCUCCACCAGGUAACGGAACUGGUAACAUGACUCUGCCCAACUAUGCCAACACCCGAUAUGUCGAAUGGACUUCUUGGGCCUCUGCAUCUGCCAUCUGGCCAAAUGCUGGUGACGGUUCGUCCACCCAGGCUGAGAGCUCUGGAAUGGGUACCUUUGCCCACGAGCUCAGCCAUCUCCUUAAUGUCGGAGAUAACUACAACAACCCCUACGGCAAGCCCCUCCGCCGUUCUUUCACUGGCCCAUGGUCCAUGAUGUCUCGGGGUUCUUUCAACGGACCAGGAGGCCCACACACCCGCUGGCAAGUUCCCCCACUCCAGGGUGGUUCCAUGGGAUCGCAGCACACUCUCCAUGACAAACUGAGACUCGGAUUAACCACCCAGGAGAGCGCUCUUAGCUUGUCCCGCGAAGCAUUGGCCAGCUCCGGUCUCGCUGUCGCCCGUAUCACUGCCCGUGUCAUUUCCCCAGGAAAGGGAGACCUGAUCGGUAUCCGUGUUGCCAUGAAUGCCGAUAACGCUCCUAAAUGUGAUAUCAAGACCGACCCUUACUGCGAUGGCAACGGCUACAACAACUACAACGUUGAAGUCAUCGACCGCAUGGGCACCGAUUCCUUCUGCCCCGACGCCGGUGUCAUGCUCAGCAAGACCAGGGACAAGGCCUUCUCCAACUACCAAUGGACCAUCGACGCCAACCCCCAGGACAUCAAGCAGGUCGACUUCCACCGACCAGACGGCACCCCUGCCAUGAUCUCCAUUGGCGACUACCGCCAGUUGGCCGACGCCCUGUUCCAUGCUGGUACCCGCUCCGGAAGUCAGUACGAGUACAUCGACAAGGCCAACAAGCUCCAGUUCUACAUCGUUGACCCCCACCGCGAUGACAAGGGAGUCCUUUCCUACACCAUUGCCGUCCGUUCCCUCGGCGGCAAGGACCCACACAAGCGUGGGGUCACCCUUGACAAGGUUGGAAAGGUCUCUUCCAGCAGCUUCAGCAAGCCAACCGACAAGGGCGUGACCUGCUCCUUCACCCUCCACAACACUGGCACCUACAACCCGGCUGCCGGCAAGGUCAAGCAUCCUCAGGACGUCACCGCCUACCUCAAGUCCGAUGUCUACCGCCUCAAGGCCAGCGUUGAAGGCCGCGGCUGGAGAGUCGAGGUGCCAAACGCCCUUGCUACCGCCGAGUUUGGCAAGACUGUCACCGUCUCUGUUGCCGUUGGUGCUGAUCAGUCUGCCCAGGGCAAUGCCAAGGUUACUCUCACUGCCACCUCGGAGGCCGACCCUUCGAAGUUCGCCACGGCCGAGUGCAAGGUGAACAAGUCCCAUAACUAG